UUUUGAGGCCUUAAAGAUAUUUUAAAAGAAACCGCGGGAGAAGACUCCUACAUCUAACUCCAUUUAUCAACUGCCAUUCUCUCUCUCUCUGUCUGAAAACAUGACAACUGUUCUCUCCUUUGCUUCCAUCACUCCCAACCUUAAUUCCCACAACCAUAGUCUAAUUUUCCGACAAAAUUAUCACCCCAAAAUAUACAGAUUUCGAUGCAAUAGAGAGAACCCAAGAAGCAAUUCUUCUUCUUCUUCUUCUUCUAGUCCAGAAUCAUCCGAACCUGAGGCUGAGAAUGCGCUGCUCAAGGUAGCUUGGUAUAGCUCCGAGCUUUUGGGAAUUGCUGCUUCAUUUUUUCGUUCCCCUUCAAAUGUUGAAGCUCCUGAAACAGUUGUUGAGCUUUCUGGAGAUGGGUCUGGAGUGGCUGAUCGUUCUCUAGUAGUGGAAACCAUCAAAGAUGAUUUUCAAAGAUCAUAUUUCGUCACAGGAAACCUUACACUUGAUGCUUAUGAAGAGGAUUGUGAAUUUGCGGAUCCAGCAGGUUCCUUUAAAGGUCUUCGCCGUUUCAAAAGAAAUUGUACAAAUUUUGGAUCCCUUCUAGAGAAGUCAGAUAUGAAGCUUAUGAAGUGGGAAGACUUUGAGGAUAAGGGAAUUGGGCAUUGGCGAUUUAGCUGUAUAUUGUCAUUUCCUUGGAAGCCCAUUCUUUCUGCAACAGGAUAUACCGAGUAUUAUUUUGAUGUACAAUCUGGAAAAGUAUGCAGGCAUGUGGAGCACUGGAAUGUUCCCAAAAUGACUUUACUGAAGCAAAUUCUGAAGCCUAGCCGGGGUUUAUGGCGUAAGAGAAAGGAUGCUUGAGGUAGAUGAUGAUGAACCUUAUAGCUGACUGGGUUUCAACAAGUGACACACUCCCUAAUAAUAGAUAAUUAUAUGUUGAAAGAAAAAGGUUAAAUCAAUGUCAAUUCUCAACUGUUAGUGGAAUCUUCUAUUGUGAAAAAAAUCUUGCAAUAAGUUACAGGCUUACAGCCACAGGCCCACAGUGAAAGUAAAAUUUGUUUGACCAGCUAUGCUCUUCCAAGCAUGAUGAUUCUAUUGCUGUAUGUUUUUUCCUUCCAUACAUGAUCAGCAUUGGAGAGUUUGUCUUGGAAGUAAUAGUUCAACUAGAAUUUGUAGGGAAGAGAUUAUGUUUAUUUGUGGAUUAAUAUCCUAUUAGUCACAAAUCUAUGCUUUUAGCAUUUUAACUAAUUGUAAAAUAUGAGCUUCAGUGAAGGUCCAAACACUUCAUUUCUCUA